AGACGGAUAGCAGUUAUGGCAAAGUCCGGGACAGUGGCGACGGUGAUGGGGAUCAACAUGGACCUCAAGUCGCUUGUGAGCGACGCAACGGCCAAGGAGCGUGUGCUGGACAUGCUUGUGCAGCUGGAGAGCGAGCCUGUGACGGUGGAGGUGCUGAAGAAGACCAAGGUAGGCCACACGGUGAACAUGCUGCGCAAGCACGAAGUGCCCGAGGUCCGGACCAAGGCCAAGAGACUCCUGGCUUCGUGGCGGGCGAUGUACUCUGGCUCCAAGUCGCCGGCGACGCCGCCGGGGCAAAAGUCGUUCAAGCGCAUGGCGCCGCCGGCAAGCGCAAAGGUAGCGGCAGCCAAGCCCGAGGCGGGAGCGGAGGCGAAGCCUGCCAGCAAGGUCCGUGCGGACAACAAGGCGGUGAGCAGCGGGACGUAUGCGACAACCGGAGUGCGUGCGCGCGACUUUAUGCGCAAGCUCUUCUUUGAGGGACUCGGCAAGACGGCCGAGGGCGGUCAGGAGCGCACGCCAGCGGAGGUGGCGGUGGCGAUCGAGGAGGCGAUGUUUGCUGCUGAGGGCGAGGACGUGACUGCCGACUACAAGCGACGCGGGCGGGCGAUUGCGGCGGUGCUCCGCGACGAGAAGAACCCGCUGCCGCUGCAACUGCUGCAGGGCUCGAUGUCGACCGAGAUGUUCAUGGGCCUCUCGGACGAGGAUCUUGUCAACCCGGAUGUGCGCGACACGAUCAAGGCGGCCAAGAUCCAGGGCGACAAGGACAUGGCUAUGGCCGAGGUGAUGGCGGAGACGGACAUGUUCAAGUGCGGCAAGUGCAAGGAGCGCAAGUGCACAUACUACCAGUUGCAGACGCGGUCUGCGGAUGAGCCGAUGACGGUCUUUGUCACUUGCACCAACUGCGGGAACAAGUGGCGGUGCUGAGGACGAGGGUGUUACUCGGCAUCGUCGGCCUCUGCCGUCGACUUUGCGGUGGCGAGCAUGGCAUCGAGGGCAGCGUCGACGUCGGCGGCGCCGUCGAGCCAGCCAGCCG